GAGAGAGACUGAGGCUGGCGUGGAGCUCAACAUCAUCACUUGUUAUAACGGCUUAAUCAUUUCUUCGCCGUGGACGCCCGGCACAAGCGCGGUAACCUCAGCACCCGAAACGCUUCAUUAGACACGAGAAACAAACACACAUACUUACAGAACGACACUUUUCGGUUGUGUUGGUAAUUUCUGGUGGAUUUUAAGUGUGAAGCGGUGAAGUCAAUCCCAGCGGAUCAACAGCUCCCGUCACAUCUCAAGACAAACUUCACCGGACACACUUUACAAGCGCAAUGAAGUACAGCUACUGGAAUCUUUGAAUUGAGUGGAGGAAGUCAACAGUAAAAAGUCUGGUUUGAAGAAACGUGUGAAGAAAAGGCAGAGAGACAAAAGAAUAAAGUUCAUUGGUGAAAGAGAGAGAAGAAAAGACGGGGAAAAUGGGGAGAAAAAAGAUUCAGAUCACUCGGAUUAUGGAUGAACGUAAUAGACAGGUGACGUUCACAAAGAGAAAGUUUGGUCUGAUGAAGAAAGCCUACGAGCUGAGCGUGUUGUGUGACUGUGAGAUUGCCCUCAUCAUCUUCAACAGUACCAACAAGCUGUUCCAGUAUGCCAGCACAGAUAUGGACAAAGUGUUGCUUAAAUACACCGAGUACAAUGAGCCUCAUGAGAGCAGGACCAACUCUGACAUUGUGGAGACCUUGAGAAAGAAGGGUCUCAAUGGUUGUGACAGCCCUGACCCCGACGCAGAUGACUCAGUUGGCCAUAGCCCAGAGUCUGAGGACAAGUACCGUAAAAUCAACGACGAUAUAGAUCUGCAUAUGAUCAGCAGACAGAGGCUGUGUACAUUGAACAAGAAGGAGAACAAAGGAGGCGAGAGCCCGGAGCUUGAGUCUGUUCUCGCCCUUACUCCACGCACCGAAGAGAAAUACAAACAGAUUAAUGAAGAGUUUGAUUUUAUGAUCAAGACUCAAAAGAUACCUGCUGUGCCCCCUUCCAACUAUGAAAUGCCCAUUCCCGUGAAUAACCAGAUCUACCCUGGCAACCAUAACUUGCUUCCCUUGGCCCAUCAUGGCCUACAGAGAAAUAGCAUGUCACCUGGAGUCACACACAGACCUCCUAGUGCAGGUCUGAUGGGAGCUGAUCUCUCCACUGGCGCAGGCACCAGUGCUGGAAACGGCUAUGGAAACCAUCGCAACUCUCCUGGACUUCUGGUGUCCUCUGGAGGCAUGAACAAGACCAUGCAGGCCAAAUCUCCUCCACCCAUAAACCUCGGGAUGAACAGUCGUAAGCCUGACCUGCGAGUGCUCAUCCCACCAGGAGCCAAGAACAACAUGCCUUCUAUUAACCAGAGAAUAAACAAUUCUCAGUCUGCACAGUCACUGGCUACCCCUGUGGUUUCAGUAGCAACACCUACUUUACCUGGGCAGGGAAUGGGUGGCUACCCAUCAGCCAUUUCCACUUCAUAUGGUACAGAAUAUUCCCUGAGCAGUGCAGAUCUUUCCUCUUUAUCUGGCUUUAACAGUGCCAACACUCUGCAUCUAGGUUCAAUGAGUGGAUGGCAACAACAUCAGAUCCAGAACAUGCAGCACUCUGCUCUCAGUCAGCUCGGAAAUUGCUCUAGCACUCACUUAUGUCAGGGUUCAAAUCUGUCCCUGUCUUCUACUCAAAGCCUGCACAUCAAGUCCGAACCUGUUUCUCCUCCUAGAGAUCACUCGAGCAGCACCACGCCCAUCGGCUACGGCCCUCUGCCGUCCCACUCGCAGCACCAGGGGCAGCACCCACAGGGGCGACAGGACUCGGGCCGUUCCCCCGCCGACAGCCUCAGCAGUUGCGGCAGCUCACACGAGGGCAGCGAUCGCGAUGAGCACCGUCCGGACUUCCAUUUGCCUUUGGGUUUGGGCCGGCCUAGUCUGGAUGAGCAAGACAGCCCGUCCAUCAAGCGGGUCCGCCUGUCAGAGGGGUGGGCCACAUGAUCAGCUACGUCCAUUUGAGAUUCCCUUCUUCGAUAUUGACCUCCCCCGCGCUUAGCAACGUGGUUCAAUGUCCCUCACACGUUCCUAAUCUCUCUCUGCUUUUUAUGAUGAGUCACAAUCAAAGUUUUGUUGUAGAGGGGAGGGAGUGCUCUCUAAAUUACCUGUAACUUUUUUAUGAGAGUUUGUCUGAUCUACAUUUUGUGAUUUACGGGUCUUAGGAAGGGAAAGGGAAGGUGGAUUAGUGCAACAGGGUUGGGGAGGGUUUAGUGGGCAGGGUAACUAUGCAUAACUUGUGCAUUAUGUGAAAAGAAUUGCCAUAUAUGCAUAUAUAUUUACACGUGUGUAGGUGUACAUGUAUGCAGAGUAACAAACCAACAAAAAGUGUCAGGUACUCUUUGUAUUUUUCUUCUUCUUUUUUUGUAUAAGUAUUUAAACUUGCCUCAGUAACAUUUGGGCCACAAGAUUGCGGAGGUGACAGGUUAGCACUUGAGUUGUUGUACUAAUAUAAUGUGUACAGAUUGAAUUUUUGUGCCACUCUCUAGAGGGCCCCUUCGCUAUAUGUACAGUAUGUUUUGGGUGACAAUGCCAUGUUGCAGGUUCAACGUAUUGUACAUAGAGAAAAGGUAGGGAUAAAGGGGGCAGGGUUAAGGUUGAUAAGUAUUGGUGAUUUCACACAAACAAACAGUUAUGCAAGAAUUUUGAUGGACUGUACAGAUUUAUGUGCAGAUUCCUGAGUUUUGUUAGGAAUAAGAAAAUAUUUAAGGCCCUCCAAUGAAAAAAAAAAAACUCGCCCAGUGACGAAAGGAUAGAAACAAUAGCAGGACAGAGUGACGCUGAGUGGAUGAUGGACUUUUAUGUAAGAGCCAUGUUAAUUCUGAUGAAAUUUAAAAUCUAGGACUUGUGUUUAUUGUUCAGUAUUAAAAGAAGAAAAAGAGAAAAAAAAUUAUUUUACACUUUUUCAUAUCAAAAGGAAUACAAUGCAAAGCAUUUUUGUGGCUUUUAUAGUUUCUAAGAGCCAGAAUGUGUUUUGAUAGCUUUGCUUAUAUGAGAAAUGACAGCAGAAGGAACGAGGAACCUUGGGCUUUAAAUCCCUAAGCCAUGAAAUCUGAAACCGUAAACUCUUGCUUUGCUCAAUGUUUUUCCCUCUCUCUUUGUAGAAGUUUUGUUUUUAAAAGUGCAUUUCUAAGUACUGAAUAAUAAUAUUAAGAAUCUUUUUAAAAUCUGUGAAAUUAACAUGCUUGUGUAUAGCUUUCUAAUAUAUGAAUAUAUAUGAUACAAUUUAUGGUUAUAACUUUUUCCCUUUUGUGGGGUUAUGUGCAGUUGCACAUUGUUACUUAUUGUAUUGUUUUUUCCACCGGAUUGAGUCAGCGUGAGCACUUUUUUGUUGCCCAACUACCCUAAUAUUUUGGACCUUUAUUAAUAAGCACACGAUCACUGCUUUAGAGUGGAAGAUUCACAAAAAUUAUUUACAUUGUCACGUUAAUCAACAUUGCACUGAACCAUUAAAAUAUAUGACCGAACAGUCAUAGAUACCUCAUGACUGCUUGUAUAAGCUUAUAUCAUCAAGUGGAUUUUGGCUGGUUUAUUGUUUGUUUGUUUGUUUUGUGUUCUUUAAUACUGAUCUGUUAGUCUGUUUUUCUACCAAAGAUAAAACAUUUGCAGAUUCACAGUCCUUUCUGGAUUCAGGACCAUUGUGUUUGCUCACAACUUCUUCAUGCUAGUGGCUGGUACCUCCGACUCACCCUCCCAAAGCUUCAGAUUACCUUUCACUGAAAUGGGCUUGUUGAGAAUUUGAGAUUGUUCUCCCCUAGUAAAUGUACAGUAUUGUGUGAAUUGCCAUAUGUGUUAUAUACGGUAUAUUGUCCAUUUAUGACUCUCCGGUUCAUUUUCUAUCAUCAUUUUUUAUCAUUUUCUUUUUUUUCUCUUUCUUUGAGUGUUGUUUCCAUAAAGUAUAUAAAUAAAAAAAUAAUAAAUGCUGAAAAAUUCUGUAGUAACAAAUGUAGCUUGUACAAACCUACAAUGGGUAAGAUUGAGGGAGUGUUUUUGGUUUGUUUUUUUUAAGAAAGAGGCUUUCAGCGGCACAAGCUGGACUUUGUCGCAACUUGAAGACAGAUGUCAUUAAAUUAAACACAUCUCUGUAUCUCAAGGGACUUGAUUCAGCUGUAUGUAUUAAAAAUCAAUGUAUGGGUUAAAAUUGUUUUUCCUGCUGGGACUAAAAAAGGUAUUUGUAUUUUGCAUAGAAUUCAGUAAAGUUACUGGCUUUCUUAGUUACACAGAAGUCCUGGUGUGAUUUUUAUUGUGUAGACUGAUGUUGUAGAUUCCCCUCAAUUACAAGUUUGCAUUGAUCAAACUUGACCAAGUAACACCACAUUCAAAGCCCACAAAAGCAUAUAGCAAAAGCACGCACGCACACACACGCACGCACGCACGCACGCACGCACACACACACACACACACACACACAUAAUAUAUUUUACUACGAAGUUGUGCUGCAAUCUAUUUUUAAUGAAAAGCUCAAUGGAGAUCUCAAGGAGCAGUCUUUAUCCCACAUACUGUAUAAUUUAACAGCAGUAUCUGAUGAAAAUUUGUCAUCUUAUGAAUACUGCAUGAGUGACAUUGAUUCAAACACACAUUAUUUCUUGCAGUUAAACCUAUCUGACGAUAUUCUAGUUAGCAUAAUCAAUGAGUUCUUCAUGAAACAACAUGACAUCCUAGCAGAAUGUAUUUCAGGAGAUAUUUUUGCUGUUGGACAUGACAGUGCUAAUUAUGUGGCAACAUGCAAUCCAAUGCGAGAUUAAUAGCAUUUAUUACGAAUAUUCUUUGUUAUAGCCUAUUCUCGUGUGUAUCGUAAAAUGUUUAUUUUGUAAAACUUGAAGUUGUCCAAUGCAACUGAAUCGGAUCUUGAAACGAAACGAUGACUCCACUUGGCCACACGAUGUCACCAUUCUUUAAUGUUUUUCAAAAAUUUCAGCAAGGAAAUUACAAGUCAUUAUGACAAGUCAUUCAGAUGGCCCAUAUGGUCUUUUUAUUAUCUUCAUCUGCAUAAAUCUAAACACAAAGAACUGCUCUGUAUUCAAUGAUAUAUUAAUUGUACAUAUUGCUACAUCCAUAUUGGAAGGUAUUAAUGGGCUAUUUAAAUUUUGCUUUCGUUCCCAGAUUUCCAUUUGUAAUUAGCCUACAUGUGUGUAUUUGUGUAUUUUUUUUCUGCUCAAACUGUGUAGCUAUAAUUAUGUUGUGUAUGAAUUUUAUCGUUUAAUAAGAAGUUUUUCAAGAAAUGACAACUGUGCAUUGGAGUUCAUUGUUUCUGUAAAAUUUUUCUUAAUCUAAAAUAUUAUAGCAUAACAUUUCCAAUUUCCGAAGUAUUCGAUGACUAAUUCUAUUAGGUCAACUUCAUGUAUCUACUUACCUUACCCUUUUAUAGAAAAAUAAAAAAAUCGAAAAUUUGUUAGAGAAAAUUCGAAUCAAAGUAUUAUUUAAAUGAAAUUGUAUUGUAAUGUGGUCUAUACGUUUCAUAUAAAUAUAAUAGGUAAUAUGUUGUACCCUAAUUUAUACCAUCACAUUUUAAAUGUAGUUAUUCUUUAGUAGACUAUUAAUAUACGAUGGUCAGUAAUCAGGUCACAACAAAUACAUGGUUUUAAAGUUUAAUCAGUUCCAACAAGUUAUGUAUUAUCAAAGGUCCCAUUUAUACCAUGGCAUAAUACAUAUUAUACACGUCAAAAAAAUAAAAAAUAACAAAAUAUCGUACAAAAUAUGUGAAUACACGAAACGAAUUACAUUUUAAAUGAAAUUCUACCCUUCAUAAACAGAUACUGUGUUUGUCUUUAUAUAUUUAUAUAUUGACGUUUGGUAAAUGUGUGGUUUCUUGUCACAAAUAAGGGUAGUAAUGAUGAGCGAAAAAUAAAGGAAUCUACCAAUCAUUGUAAUGUUUCAAGUUUUUCUUUUUUUAUUACAGUAAUGGUAGUGCCAUUGCAUUUUUCCAACACGCGUGUCGAACAUUAGCCUAUAAACCUAAACGUAUAGCGUUAAAGCACAUUAGCCUACUACAGAAAGCUGAUUCUAAUCCCAGAUGAAGAGGAAUUUUGCUACUGGCUCCCAGAGCCUAAAAUAAAUGUUAUAACAUUGAUACAACAACGAUAUCCAAAGUUAUUUAGGAUUUCAAAAAUAACUUUGUCAAAACUGUGUUUCCUACACAAAAUGUCAAAAUUUUUACCCCAACUGUCACUGGGGCGGUACUCGUUUAAAAGUACAACUUUGCACCUGAAGAGUUAACUCCCUCUGUAUAUUAUGUCAAAGUUACAUAUUGGUACCAAAUCUAUACCUGUACCUAAUGGUACAAUUUAGUACCUUUUUAAAAGGUACUGCCCAGCUGUACUGACACAUAUUUUGAUUUUUUUCCAACAGUGUAGUGAAAGGCAGGUUUAAACGUUAAUCUGAUAUAAGAUAUCAUAACGGUUGUGUAUUAAUUGCACUGCGAAUAAUCUGGAAAAAUGGAAAACUCACAGACAAAUAUUUUUUUAUAAUUCUCAAACAAUUAACUUUAUUUAAAUUGGUAAAUACAUUGCAUUUAAUAUUCUUGAAAAAAAAAUUGCUACAACGUAAAUGAAAGAUUAAUUGUCUUUAAGCCUGAGUAGUGGUAUGAGUUUGCCACAACGUUUCGUAAACGCAGAUCAUCUCUAGUCCCUGUUUAAAUUCCGCAUGAAUGAUUAAAAAAAAUCUUUGAAAUCUUUAUUAACAUUGUCAAGUUUUAGUAGUGACUCACAAAUAUUUACCAUUAACUAGAACACAAAUAUAAAAUAUAUAAACAUGAUUUAGAUUUCUUUGCAGGUGAGUAGCCUAUUUCUUGUCAACAGCACAAAAAAGCCAAUAACAAUAAUAAUAACAACAGUAGUAUUUGCUGAAAAUAACAGACACUUACACGAAUUUAACAGGCUCUACAGAAUAAUAAUAAAAAACUAAUAAUUGCUGAUUUAGUAGUGCUCAGAUAAAUAUUCUUGCGGCGCAACUGUUGUGUGUAUUGGAUUAUAAAACUACUAGAGUUUUAGGCAAACUGACUUUUUAUUUAUGUAUCAUUAUAGUUUGCUUACUGGUAAACUGCUGUAGCUUAUCUAUUUGCAAUUCAGAAAGCGCAGCCUACAGUCUUAUCUUGAUAUUGAAAUAUUGAAGAUUAUUAUAGUUUAGGCCUAAUCAUUAUUAUAGAUUUUUUUAACUAAUAGAUAGCAUUCAUCUUUAGUAUAAAACAUUUUUGCUUGUGCCACAUUUAGAUAUUUAUGUCAUAUUUAUUUCUGCACCAGUUCCCUGUUGAGCAUUACACCACUAGAUGUCGCCAAGUGUUAUAAAAGCACUUUGUUGAUUAUUCUCACGUUACAUUCAUUUUUAGGGAAUAUUAACUAAGGCUAAACAUUAAACAAUUACAAUUUGAAUCAAAACGUUGAAUAUUAUAAAACAUAUUAAUUUACACGUUUAGAGAAUUCAGGUUUCAAUUAAUGAGUAGCCUAUAAAUUGUGGUAAUACAUGCUAAAUUAAAUGUAACCCUUUAACAAGGAAAUCUGGAAAAACUGCAAUUAGUUGGUUUUAUAAAAUGUAAAGAUGACUUUUCCUUAAUUUAUUCUCUAUAUCAUAUAGUAGGCUACAUAAUAUGGAUUUUUUGUCAGAUAUAGGCCUUCUCCAUAGCGUCUAUAUUUUAUGUCUAUUACAGUGAUAUUUUUGACAGAAAGAAUAGCAAAAAGAAAAAAAAGAUAAUAUUUCGUAUAAGAAGACAUAACAUUAAAGACUCACUUUAAAUGAUUGACACUAAAUAUUAUUCGUUAAUUGUUCACAUUUGAUUACGAACAGUAAUUUAGAUAAAAACCUUUUAACGGUGCAUUCCACAUGUUUGUUUUUUGAUGUUGUUUUUGUUUUGCACUUUUGGUUUUUUGUUUCCAUCACUGCAGGAAUAACAUACCCUUAUUAUUGUUUUAUCUUGUUACAGCGAGAGUAGUCUAUAAAAGGGAGAAAAUGUGUCUUAUAAAAGAAAAUUCUGCUAUUCGUUUUAUCUAAUGACAGUCCUUAAUCUAAUGUAAAGUAAGAUUAAGAGAAAUAGAAUCAACAUAGGUACAAGCGCCCGUAUUAUUUUUCCUUUGUUUACUUCGGGCCUCAUAAAGAGUCAAAAGUUGUUAACUGCUGUUAAAAAACUUAAAACGCGCUUUUCAUUUUCCAUUCAAGUCAAAGUAACCCAUUUUCAUGAUUUGCGUAUUUAUUGCAAGCGUAAUACUGGCAAAUUUGGAAUUUUAUGACACUCGUUGCGGUUCACUUAAUACAGCGCAUCAUUUUGUGUCGUUUUAUGUAUUGUUUUUUUUUUUUUUUUUUGUCGUUUGGAGUUAGUGUAAGAACAAGUUUGUUUUACAUUAAAAUAUGACAUCCUAAACCAAACCCCAAUUCGAACACCAUCUCCAAGCGAC